GUUUUUGUUCUAUAAUGUUCAAUUUUAAUCGCCGCGCCGGUGAUUGCCGCUCGCCGGCGUUCUGUGCUUGAUACUGUUAUCAUAGUUUCAGUUAACAUAAAAAAAAUCAAUCUCGAGUGUGAAUGGUGAUUUUUCGGCUUUAAUAAGUAUAGCCAGUUAGUACAUAGAAAGUACUGGGGAAGACUCCCAUCGUAGCAAAAAUGGGCCGUUUCCUGUCGAAAGAGAACCUAGAGGGUUUCGAUAAAUAUAAGUAUAAUUCUAUUGAUACGAGUGUUCUGAGCAACUAUGUUAUGCACCCAUUCUGGAAUUGGUGUGUUCAAUUCUGCCCAGUGUGGGUGGCGCCCAACCUGCUAACCUUCACCGGUUUCCUAUUGACCGUCCUCAAUUUCCUUCUCUUCUCCUACUACGACUACGGGUUCUUCGCGUUAACUGAGGCCGGUGGUGACGGGAUCCCGAGGUGGCUGUGGGCUGUGUCCGCAGUCAACCUGUUUGUGGCCUAUACCCUGGAUGGGAUCGACGGCAAGCAAGCGCGGCGCACUGGCACCAGCGGUCCUCUGGGGGAACUCUUCGACCAUGGUCUGGACUCCUAUUCUGCUGUAUUCAUUCCCGCCUGCCUCUACAGCAUAUUCGGAAGGGACGAGCUGAGCCCGCUUCGCAUGUUCUUCGUAAUCUGGAACAUCUUCAUCAACUUCUACCUGACCCACUGGGAGAAGUACAACACUGGCGUCAUGUUCCUGCCGUGGGGCUACGACUUUACCAUGAUCGGCUCCUGUUUCCUGCUACUAAUAACGUCAGCUAUCGGCCCGACGGCGUGGCGCGUGGCGCUGCCCGGCGGCCUAACCCCAGGCGUGGUGUUCGAGCUGGUGCUGUACCUGUCCGCCAUGUUGACGUCGCAGACCACCAUCUUGUUCAACAUAUACAAGUCGUACCGCGACGGCACGGGCAAGAUGCGCUCGCUCAACGAAGCGCUGCGCCCCCUCUACCCCGUCGCCGUGUUCUUCGCCGUCAGCUCGCUGUGGGCGCUGCGCUCGCCGAGCGACAUCGUAGACCGCGCCCCGAGACUGUUCUAUAUAUUGACGGGGACCAUAUUCUCCAAUAUUAACUGCCGUCUAAUCGUCGCCCAGAUGAGCGGCACCCGAUGCUCAGCCUGGAACGCAUUACUACUGCCAUACACUGUGUGCUGCGUCGCCUCGCUCACUAUCCUAUCUCCAGCCGCGGAGCUGUACGUACUGAUCGCGCUCACGGCGGCGUGUACUGUGGCGCAUGUCUACUACGGCACUAGAGUGGUGCAGGAAAUGUGCGAACACUUCAAAAUCAACUGCUUCCAUAUCAAGCCAAAAAUUAAAUAAGUAAAUAGUCUAGUCGAAAUGUUUAUUAUAAUUAAUUAAAGGUUGCGGUAGAAAUAUCUGGUCAAGGUAAUUGUUAAGGACAUAGUGAAAUUUUGCCAUAAAUGGCGUCUAAUGCAGAGGCAUGUAUAUCUAACAUUAUGG